AUGAAGCUUCGGAUUCUUUCGUCAUUAGGGUAUCUAAUACUCUGUCGGUGGAAAGCUAUGUCGGAUGUGUUUGUCAGUACGUAUAUUUCAACGCGAACAAAAUCAGAAACACUCCUAGUCUCAGAGAUCGUCCCUGCCGACCCUCAGAAAGGAUCUACUGCGAUGGGGCCAGCUUCUCAUCCCCUCUUACCCCAAGCCGUUGACGCAUCCCGUGGCAAACGACGUUACAGUCACCAUGAGAGAACCCAAAUCCUUCGCUCUCAAAGGUGGAUUACAGGCUAUAGAACGCCGGAAGCUGAAGGUUUGAAAACGCGGCAUUCAGCUCUGUUACAAGCCCAACCACCAACGUACCGCUUUUGA